AUGGAGGGUCACAUAGUGGUUACGAUUGGUCACAUAAGGGUGAUGGAGAGUCACAUAGGGGUGAUGGAGGGUCACAUAGGGGUGAUGGAUGGUCACAUAGGAGUGAUGCAGGGUCACAUAGUGGUGAUGGAUGGUCACAUAGUGGUGAUGGAUUAUCACAUAGGGGUGAUGGAGAGUCACAUAGGAGGGAUGGAGGGUCACAUAGGGAUGAUUGUGGGUCACAUAUGGGUGAUGGAGGGUCACAUAGUGGUGAUGGAUGGUCACAUAGGGGAUUGGAGGUCACAUAGGGGUGAUGGAGUGUCACAUAGUGGUGAUGAAGGGUCAUAUUGGGGUGAUCGAGGGUCACAUAUGGAUGAUGGAGGGUCACAUAGGGAUGAUGGAGGGUCACAUAUGGGUGAUGGAGAGUCACAUAGUGGUGAUGGAUGGUCACAUAGUGGUGAUGGAAGGUCACAUAGGGGUGAUGGAGAGUCGCAUAGGAGUGAUGGAGGGUCACAUAGGGAUGAUGGAGGGUCACAUAUGGGUGAUGGAGGGUCACAUAGUGGUGAUGGAUCAUCACAUAGGGGUGAUGGAGAGUCACAUAGGAGUGAUGGGGGGUCACAUAGGGAUGAUGGAGGGUCACAUAUGGGUGAUGGAGGGUUACAUAGUGGUGAUGGAUGGUCACAUAGGGGUGACGGAGGUCACAUAGUUAUAAUGGAUGGUCACAUAGUGGUGAACCAGCUGAUCCAGUAUAUUAAUGACGUCUACUUCGAGGGUCAUCUUAACCUGAGUGACCCAGCAUCCCUGAAGCAGAUGAUUCAAGGUCAACUACCCUUAGCAUCCUUACAGUCAUAUACAUGCAAGAGUGGAGGAUACAAGCCUGUCGUCUCCAGUGAUUAA